GAAUAUGGCGUCAUAAUGUUGUACGAUAGUAUCGUACGACAUAAUGGUUGUGCGAAUUGCUCUGUCAUACAUUGCUUAAAAAUCGUUUCAACUCAAGCCUUUUCCGUUCAAGGAAUAUAUUUUUGUUGCGGACAAUCCUAUUUUAAUAGGAUCAGAUGAAAUACUGGAUGGUUAUUCGGUAGGAGAUGCAAGAAUCAGCCGCGAGUUAACCCGUGUGUCAAAUUUCGCAGAGAUUAAAUUGGCGCGACACCACAGCGAUAAGAGUGAUAAGACAACAGGCGUUGACAGUUCAUGCGUGACUGACUGCUGUAAUAGAUCGUAAUCAGUUCCACAAUGUGAGAAAAAUUGUAUAUAGAACUCUACUGUUGAAAUAACAUUCGCACAGAAUGUUAUAUAAAAUCACUUUCUUGUGGUGCUGCGAUCGCUGCAAUCGUCAGUGUGCUCGAGACUCGGUAGUUGUGAACAGUCGGUCGGUGGAAGCGGAACGGAAAGGAACGUCCGGUCGAAGACUGUAUUGUGCUGUGAUUUUGCGUGACUACCGGCGUUCUCACGAAAAUUUGAUGAGUAAGUGUCACGUCGGCCUGGCGUGAGACCUCACGCCACAUCGCCGCUCUUCGUCGAAUACACGACGAUACGGCGAUAUCUCGAUCAACGUGGUGUUUGACGUCGUCGAGGACGGCACUUACAACGACGCGUCUCGCACGAUCGGGGACAGUAGACUCGUGUAUCGAUAAUUAAAAUCUGUAACAAUAGUUUGCUAUUAAUGUAAUGUCGGUGUGAUAUACAAUAUUUCAGCGUUACAAUAUUUGUGAUUGAUAAGUAAAAUAACGUAAACUAUGUAAUGGGAACAAUGAUAUAUAGAGCAAGAAGAUUAUUUACUAUAAGACAGGAAUCUAUGGUAAAUUAUUUAAUUCUGAGCAAUGAGUCCACAAAGUCACAAAAAUAGUUUAACUCCAAAAGGCAUGGAGUCUAAUGGAUACUCUGCUGGCAAAGUCAUGGCUAUAGAAGAAAGAAAUCAUUCAUCUCCUUGUGAGUCAGUGGAUUCAAUGCCUUGGUUUGGAAUGGAUAUAGGUGGUACGCUAUGCAAAUUAGUGUACUUUGAGCCAAAGGAUAUAACCAGAGACGAAGCAGAUGCAGAAGUUGAGACGUUAAAAAAUAUUCGUAGAUAUCUAACUAAAAACUCAGCAUAUGGAAAAACUGGUCAUCGUGAUACUCAUUUGCAAAUGGAUAAUGUUCAUAUUAGAGGCAGACGAGGAACGUUACAUUUUAUUAGAUUUCCCACGAGUGAAAUGGGAAAUUUCUUAGCACUGGCAAAAUCAAAAGGCAUGGCGAAUCUUGUGACUACCGUUUGUGCUACAGGUGGCGGUGCCUUUAAGUUCGAAGACAAUUUUAAAAAGGAAGUAAACAUGAACUUGGCUAAAUUCGAUGAAUUAGAUAGUUUAAUACGCGGGAUGCUUUACAUAGAGACUACGAAUCCACACGAAUGCUAUUAUUGGACGAAUCCCACCGAUGAGAGCAAAUGUCAGAAAGUACCCUUUGACUUUUCCGAACCAUAUCCUUUCUUGCUCGUUAAUAUAGGCUCUGGAGUAAGCAUACUAGCUGUAUACGGACCGGAGAAUUACAAAAGGAUAUCUGGAACGAGUUUAGGUGGUGGUACAUUCUUGGGAUUAUGUUGUUUACUCACCGGAUGCAAUACCUUCGAAGAGGCGAUAGAAUUAGCAACUGGUGGUGAUAACACAAGAGUAGAUAAGUUAGUCAAAGAUAUAUAUGGCGGUGAUUACGGUCCUUUUGGUCUUCCUGGAGAUCUAGUCGCGAGCAGUUUUGGUCAAAUGAAUUCUAAGGAACGCAGAAACGCUGUUACUAAGGAAGACCUAGCACGUGCAACGCUUGUUACUAUCACGAAUAAUAUCGGUUCCAUUGCCCGCAUGUGCGCUGUUAAUGAAAAAAUAGAAAGGGUUGUAUUUGUUGGGAACUUUUUAAGGGUGAAUCCCAUAUCGAUGAAAUUAUUGGCCUAUGCUAUGGAUUAUUGGUCAAAAGGAACUUUGAAGGCUUUGUUUUUGGAACAUGAAGGUUACUUCGGAGCAGUGGGAUGUCUAUUACAAUUUAAUGGCGAAUCGAGCUAAACACAAUGAAAGAUGCAAUCUACAGCAUUCCAUAUUACCAAUUAUGUAGAAUUGAUUUUGCCAAUGAGCAAGAUUGUUCAACGUAAUUAUUUAUUUUUGUUAAUUUAAUUUUAUUGUUUAGGAUUUUAUCUAAUUGUUUCUCAUUAACAUAAAAUAAUUUUGACAUUUAAGAAGUAUGAUUAAGAUUAUAUUUAUAAAUUAUCAUUGUUUUAAAUUAUUUAUCAUAAUUUUUAUACAGGAAACAAUGAUUACGUCAGGGUAUUUUCUUUUAUUAUCUCGUUUUAAUGUACUUUUCGAUUUUGAGCACAAAUUUAGCACGACUCGACAGGCAGAAUCGAUAAUGGACCAAAUCUAAAGGGAUUAAGAAUUGCCUCUCCUCCCAAUGUUCGUUACAUGCCGUAUAGACUAGUUCUACCUCAUAAUUUAUAUUGUGAAAUUUUUCUACGGAUGCACAGGUUUUUAUGUAUAUAAUGGCAAUCGUUAUUACACUUGCACGACUUUUCGUAAGUUUAUAAUGAUCGUAGCGAUAAAUACUGCCGCACUAAUUGGUAAUUGUAAUUUUGUUAAUAUCUUAUGCGCUAUGAGGGAUUUCUUAAUACAAGCUUUUAAUUGAAUAUUAAUGAAAUUUUUUAAUAUUAUGAAAUCAUUUAAACGCUGAUACUGAGGGCAGAAAAAUUAAGAAUUUUUUAUGCUGUUUAUAUAAUGCUCCAAUGAGAUAUUUGUAAUGCAAAAGUACACGCUUCCUGCAGAUAUUAUGAAAUAAUGCAAUAUGUAUUUCAAAGUAUACAGUUGUCAACGUGUGAAGGAUGUUAAAUUUUCUUUUCAAGAAGUAUGAUACUGUAAUAUGAAUGAAGGAAAACUUAUUGUUAAAACAAUGAUAUUAUUGUAAAAAAAUGCAUCUAUAAUUUUGGAAAACAGCAAUCGUGAUAUAUUUGUCUCCUAUUUUAAUCAAAAUGUAGCAAUUUAUUAAGUUGUGGAUAUUUUGUUUGUAAUUCAUUGCGAUUAAUUCACCACAAGCAUCUUUAUAAAAUAGAUAACUUGUUUUCGUUGCAGUAUAUUGUGGAAGACAGACUUUGAUAUUUCUGCAAAAUAAAGUAUCAUUUUAAUAUAUGGUAA